UGAAUCCCGCACCAACCUCCACGCACACCAACCCAGUCAUAUUUUGGAUCAACGUAACCAAACCCGGAGGACCAUAGAAGAAAGGUUUGCCUUCGAAAAUGGAGGGUAGGUGGGAGUUGCUUAUACUAUAAACUCAAAACCACUCCCACCAAAUUCACCAACCGCCCUUCUCACCGAUCCCUUCCUGUUCGUUGUUGUGAGACUCUAAUCGAUGGCUUCGUCCUUUCUCUCUACGAAGCCAUUUCUCGGCUCCUCCAGAACCGACGACGCCUUCUCUGGACUCCGUUACCUGCCUUCACAUCUUCUUCGUUCCCCCGUACACAUUUCCAUCCGUACCUCUACCCCCAAGAAGCUCCAGAUUCAGGCAGCUGGGAGUACGGGCGGGAAUUAUUUUCGCGUAACAACUUUUGGAGAAUCGCAUGGAGGUGGCGUCGGUUGUGUCAUUGAUGGAUGCCCUCCUCGACUCCCCCUCUUAGAAUCUGAUAUGCAAUUUGAUCUUGACAGAAGGAGGCCAGGUCAGAGUCGGAUUACUACACCGAGGAAGGAGACUGAUACCUGCCGAAUACUUUCAGGCGUUUCUGAAGGAGUGACUACUGGAACACCAAUCACGGUACUCGUACCCAAUACUGAUCAGAGAGGACAUGAUUACAGCGAAAUGUCAUUGGCUUAUCGGCCUUCUCAUGCAGAUGCAACUUAUGACAUGAAGUAUGGUGUCAGAGCAGUGCAAGGUGGUGGUAGAUCUUCAGCAAGAGAAACGAUUGGAAGAGUUGCUGCUGGGGCUGUUGCCAAAAAAAUCCUCAAGAGCCUUGCAGGAACUGAGGUUCUUGCUUAUGUCUCUCAAGUUCAUAAGGUUGUGCUUCCAGAGGAUUUGGUUGAUCACGAUACACUGACACUUGAUCAGAUUGAGAGUAAUAUUGUCAGGUGCCCAGAUCCAGAAUAUGCUGAGAAGAUGAUUAAUGCUAUAGAUGCUGUCCGUGUGAGAGGGGAAUCCAUUGGUGGUGUUGUCACUUGCAUUGUGAGGAAUUGCCCACGUGGCCUUGGUUCUCCGGUCUUUGACAAACUCGAAGCUGAGCUUGCUAAAGCUGUUAUGUCAUUACCCGCAACAAAGGGCUUUGAGAUUGGCAGUGGCUUUGCAGGUACUUUUUUGACUGGGAGUGAACAUAAUGACGAGUUUUUUACCGAUGAACAUGGAAAAAUCCGGACCAGAACAAACCGCUCUGGUGGUAUACAGGGAGGAAUAUCAAAUGGGGAAAUCAUAAAGAUGAGAAUAGCUUUCAAGCCAACGGCUACCAUAGGAAAGAAACAACAUACAGUGAGUAGAGACAAAAAAGAGAUGGAACUAAUAGCUCGCGGUCGUCAUGAUCCCUGUGUUGUCCCACGAGCUGUACCAAUGGUGGAAGCAGUGGUAGCUCUGGUGCUUGUGGAUCAACUGAUGGCACAAUAUGCACAGUGUAAUCUGUUUCCAAUUAAUCCAGAUCUACAAGACCCCUUGUUUUCUCCGAGGCUUGAGCUUGAGCCAAACAACGUACACGUAUGAUGGAUGACAAAGCCAGCUGUAGCAUUUAUAUAUUACCCUUGGCCUUCAACUCAAGUGUAAUUUGUAUUAGGGAAAAGCUGGGCUUGCAUGUCUAUGUGAAUGCUAGUUCAGCGUAUUCGUUUUUGCUUUUACUUUUUCUUUCUUUUUUGUUUUUUGUGGUUGUAUGAAUUGUUGGUAACUUAAGAUAAUUGAUUCGGUAAUGUAAUGCGAAAUAAAUGACAGCCUGAGAGGCUGUCUUUUAUGGAA